UUCAGUCGCUCGCACCGUCAACUUCAGGAGGAAUCAAGCGACACACAUAACGGACAUAGAGCGGACAGGAGGGUCUCUGGCUCCGGGGGGUUAGCUAAAGAUGCUAAAAGGAGCUAGCGGAUGGUGGCUGCUGCUGGUAAGGCGCUCUGAUUGGCUGGGGUCGAAACCUCGGUGCGAUUUGAUUGGCUGAAGGAUUCCGUUAUUCUCUGGGUUGUUCCCAGCAGAUAUGGCUUCUGGUGGAUGUUGAGUUUGGUCAUUUCACUUUUCUUUGGUAUUAAUCUAAGAAAAAACAAGGACAGAUGGAAGAAGUGUACUAAUAUGUAGAAAUACUCUGGUGCAAAUAAAUAUAUAAAGCCAAAUAUACUAACAUGUGCAUUACUUCAAUACACAAAGUGGUUCAAGUGGUGACUAUUUAUUUCUGGUUUGCUUGUGAGAUUUAGCUCGUAUAUUUACUUAUUUUGCUUGUUUAUUCUAAAUUGUAAGAUUUAUUCCUUAUCUGCAAAGUAACUGGUAAAAGAAAUUGUCAAAUAAUGCAGUGGAAUCAAAUCACUGACAGAAUUCAAAAUCUCAUAGAAUCUAACGUAAAAUAUCACAUUCCUACAUGUGUGUUGUGAGGAGUUAUUACAGCAUGAUAAAUUAACUGCUCUACAUUGGUGCAGUGAAAAACACAUUAAUGAAUAAGUGUUGAAAUGUAUAAUAGUAAAUAAUCAAAUAAAUAAUUAUAUACAUAUGAGUAAAUAAACGUAGAAAUGAAUGAAUACAUAAAUAAAUGUAGAACUGUAGAAAUACCUACAUAAAUAAAUACAUGAAACUACUGAAAUAAAUAGUGCAAUAAAUGUAGAAAUAAUGACAUGUAAUAACUACUAAAUAAAUAAAUGUAGAAAUGAGCAAACUGAAUUAAUUUUAUUUGGUCAUUUACUUACUUAUACUACUUUAUUAUUACGCUAUAUAUUUACAACUAAUGCAAGCAAAAUGAUUGUUGCUAUAAGAGAAGAUAAAAGAUAACAUAACAUAACAUAACAUAGGAUUAGAUAAAACAAUAAAAGAUAAUCCUUCAUUGAUCCCACAAAGGGGGAUUUGCUGUGUUACAGCAGCAGAGAGGACAGUAACAUUAUAACCAACGUGCAAUACAUAUAAAUACAAGGGAAUAUGAGAAGCAUAAGAAUAUAAAUGGAAUGGAACUAAUAUAUACAGUGUAAACAGAAUAUAAACAGCAUGAGAAUAUAUACAGUGCAAAUGAUUACACAUAAGCUAUUGAAUUGCACAGACAGAAAUUUAUAUUACACAGUUAUACAUAUACUUUCCUCACUCAGCUGCUCUUUUACCUCCUAUCUUUUAAUAGUAUUUUUAUAUAAUAAUACUAAUACAUGUGCAUUGAACAUCUAUGACCACAGUUUAAAACCCCUUAAGGUGGAACGUAGAGGUCCUUUAGCGCCCCCUGUCGCCACCAAAUCAAACAACAGGAACAAAUUGUAUUGUUUUUCUCAGUAUGGAUGAACAGUUUGACACAGACGGUCUGUUACUGUGACACGUCACGUGCUGUCCUCUCCAGCAAUCGAACACUGUGACCGGAAACAUCUGUGUGUGUGUUUGUGUUCAUGUGUGUGUGCUUGUGCGAGCUUAUCUCACAAACAGCUGGAUGCUACUGGGCUAGCAGGCGUUAGCAGAGCUCCGGUCAGACCCGCGCUGCAGCACCGGGAGCUACGAUCACUGCACGAGAUCAGCGAGCAGCGAGCAUGAGGAGCCGCAGUAACUCAGGAGUGAGGCUGGAUGGUUAUGCCAGGCUGGUGCAGGAAACCAUCCUGUGCCACCAGAGCCCAGUGACGGGUCUUCUCCCCGCCAGUUCCCAGAAGAAGGAUGCCUGGGUGAGGGACAACGUGUACAGUGUCCUGGCUGUGUGGGGGCUGGGCAUGGCCUACCGCAAGAAUGCAGACCGGGAUGAAGACAAGGCCAAAGCCUACGAACUGGAGCAGAGUGUGGUGAAACUGAUGCAGGGUCUGCUACAGUGCAUGAUGAGACAGGUGGCCAAGGUGGAGAAGUUCAAACACACCCAGAGCACAAACGACUGCUUGCACGCCAAAUACGACACCACCACCUGUGCCACGGUGGUGGGGGAUGACCAGUGGGGGCAUCUGCAGGUGGAUGCCACCUCCAUUUACCUGCUGAUGCUGGCUCAGAUGACAGCGUCAGGUCUCCGUAUCAUCUCAAACCUGGAUGAGGUGGCCUUUAUCCAAAACCUGGUCUUCUACAUUGAAGCUGCCUACAAAGUGGCGGAUUAUGGGAUGUGGGAGCGCGGUGACAAGACCAAUCAAGGCAUUCCCGAGCUAAAUGGCAGCUCCAUAGGAAUGGCUAAGGCUGCUCUGGAGGCCAUAGACGAGCUGGAUCUCUUCGGCGCUCACGGAGGACCGAAGUCAGUCAUCCAUGUUUUGCCGGAUGAAGUGGAACAUUGUCAGUCCAUCCUCUGCUCCAUGCUGCCAAGAGCUUCCACUUCCAAGGAGAUCGACGCCGGUCUUCUGUCGGUCAUUUCCUACCCGGCUUUUGCCGUGGAGGACGCUGACCUGGUGGCCAUCACAAAGUCAGAAAUCAUAAGCAAACUGCAGGGUCGGUUUGGCUGCUGCCGCUUCAUCAGGGAUGGAUACCGUUGUCCUAAGGAGGAUCCCACUCGGCUGCACUACGAUCCUGCCGAGCUCAAACUGUUUGAGAACAUCGAAUGUGAAUGGCCUGUUUUCUGGACGUACCUCAUCCUGGACGGAAUCUUUACCGGAGACCAAGUGCAGGUCCAGGAGUACCGGGAGGCCCUGGAGGGCAUUCUGAUCAGAGGGAAGAACGGCAUCAAACUUGUGCCUGAACUUUAUUCUGUACCAAGCGACAAGGUGGAGGAGGAGUGCAGCAAUCCUCACUCGGUGGACAGAGUGGCCAUGGGGCAGCUGCCGCACAUGUGGGGACAGUCCCUCUACAUCUUGAGUUCUCUUCUGGCUGAGGGUUUUUUAGCACCAGGAGAGAUAGACCCCCUCAACAGGAGAUUCUCCACGAACUUCAAACCAGAUGUCGUCGUGCAAGUUUGCGUUCUGGCCGAGUCGGACGAGAUCCAGGAGCUGUUAAGUGAUCACGGGAUAACGGUCCAGACGAUGUCAGAGGUUCUGCCCAUCAGGGUCAUGCCUGCUCGCAUCCUGAGCCAUGUCUACGUCAAACUGGGAAACUGCAAGAAACUGGAUUUGGGUGGAAGGCCCUACAGACACAUCGGCGUGCUGGGGACAUCCAAAUUCUACGAGAUCCGAAAUUGCUUCUAUAUAUUCACCCCCCAGUUUCUGGAUCAGCAUCAUUUCUACCUGGCACUGGACAACCAGAUGAUUGUGGAGAUGUUACGAACAGAGCUGGCCUAUCUCUCCUCUUGCUGGAGGAUGACGGGACGACCCACUCUCACUUUCCCCAUCACCCGCACUAUGCUGGUUGAAGAUGGGGAUGCCAUUGAUCCGUGUAUCCUUGCAACCCUCCGGAAACUACAGGAUGGUUAUUUUUCCGGCGCGAGGGUGCAGAUGUCCGACCUCUCCAGUUUCCAGACAACUUCCUUCCACACUCGCCUCAGCUUCCUGGAUGAAGAGAACGAUGACGGCUUACUAGAAGAUGAAGACCAGGAUGACUAUGGAGACGAAUAUGGAGAAUAUUCCAAAUGUGGGCCCUCAGAGGGCUCAGACGACAUGUUUGAGCAGUACCUCACGCAGCUCCUCCACAGCACCAACAACAAGAGCCAUCUCCCCCCCAUCCAGAGGGGCCAGCACCAUGUCUUCAGUGCAGAACACACAACAAGAGACAUCCUGUCUCUUAUGGCCCAGGUCCAGGGCCUGAACUUACCCAAGUCUACCAUGUACCUGCCUGUGGCUCCUUUCAAGAGCAAACACCGCAGAUCUCUGAACCUCCUCGUGGUUCCUCAUCCUCAGCACGGCUCACAUGCAAAGCAGCACAAGCCCCACAGCGUCGCUGACCUGCACCUGCCUCGAGACUCUCAGGGCAACACGGACUUUGCGUCACUGGCGAGGCAGCUGAAGGAGUGCCCCACUCUGCAGGACCAGGCGGACAUCCUCUACAUUCUCUACGUGAUGAAAGGAGCUGAUUGGCUGGUGGAGCUGUCAGGUCCCGGGCAGGGCGGGAUGAGUGUGCGUUCUCUGUUGGAGGAGCUCUAUGUUCAGGCUGGAGCCUCUAAAGAGUGGGGUCUCAUCAGAUACAUCUCUGGAAUACUACGCAAGAGAGUGGAGGUCCUCGCAGAGGCCUGCACGGAUCUGAUCUCCCAUCACAAGCAGCUGACUGUGGGUCUACCUCCUGAACCCAGAGAAAGAGUCAUCGCAGUGCCACUUCCUCCCGAGGAGUUGAACACACUCAUCUAUGAGGCCAGUGGUCAGGACAUCAGUGUAGCUGUACUCACUCAGGAAAUCAUGGUGUAUCUCGCCAUGUACGUGCGCUCCCAGCCUGCUCUGUUCGGGGACAUGCUUCGCCUCAGGAUUGGACUCAUCAUGCAAGUGAUGGCCACUGAGCUGGCCCGCAGCCUGCACUGCUCUGGGGAGGAGGCAUCUGAGAGUCUGAUGAGCCUGAGUCCGUUCGGCAUGAAGAGUCUCCUGCAUCACAUCCUCAGUGGCAAAGAGUUCGGGGUGGAGAGGAGCGUGCGCCCCAUCCAGUCUACAGCCUCGAGUCCGGCCAUCUCCAUCCACGAACUUGGCCACACUGGUGCCACCAAGACUGAACGCACAGGAAUACACAAACUGAAGAGUGAGAUAAAACAGAUCAUCAGCGGGGGUCUUUCCUUAAGUAGCAAUGUCACCUCUCCUCGCUCCACGCGUUGCAGCAGUCCGUCCACCCCCAGUGGAAUCCUGUCCCCUGUGGGUCCCGGUCCAUCUGACGGACAGCUACACUGGGAGGACAGGCAAGGCCAGUGGCUGAGGAGACGCAGGCUGGACGGAGCUAUCAACAGAGUACCAGUGGGUUUCUACCAAAAGGUCUGGAAGAUCCUGCAGAAGUGCCACGGCCUGUCAAUAGAUGGAUAUGUGCUGCCGUCUUCUACCACAAGAGAGAUGACAGCAGGAGAGAUCAAGUUUGCGGUGCAGGUGGAGUCUGUCCUGAACCAUGUCCCUCAGCCAGAGUACCGGCAGCUGCUGGUGGAGACUGUGAUGGUUCUCGGUUUGAUCGCCGACGUGGAUGUUGACAGCAUCGGUGGCAUCAUCUAUGUGGACCGCAUCCUGCAUUUGGCCAAUGACCUCUUCCUCAAUGACCAGAAAUCUCACAGCGCCUGUGAUUAUUUCCUCGAGAAGGACCCGGCGACUGGGAUCUGCAACUUUUUCUACGAUAGCGCCCCCAGUGGCAGCUUUGGAACCAUGACGUAUCUCUCCAAGGCGUCGAUCACGUAUGUCAAGGACUUCCUGCCAAGUUCCAGCUGCCUGAUGCAGUGAACAAAAAGACAAGUGUUAAUACAACUAUAAACACCUGGAGAGACGUUUCUAUAACUAAAGUGUCAAGUGGACAAAGUCAGCAAAGCUUCUCAUUAUCAACUCGUACAAGUCGUGAGAUGCUUGUAAGUAUUUACUCAAUAAGUAGUCAAUAAACUCAGUAGCUUUAACACAAUAAUGUGACAUACUAACCUAGGCAGCUGAAUUGCAAACCACUAGUUAUGUAUUUGUUUUUUCUUCGUAAGGGUCCAAACUGUGAACAUAUUUAUUAUUUAAACAUGCUUUACGGGACUCACUAACAUGCGUUUUAUUUAAACUGAAAUUUGCAAAGAUAUAAUUUCAGUGUCCUUGGUGUUGUGUGUGAGAAUAUUAUAUAAACAGCCUGAUAGUUGAAUAUGUCAAAUGUCCGGUGGUAAUCAGAGGAAACAUUUCUAUAAUUUCUGCACUUUUAAAUUCAGCCUCUGCUUUGUUUUUUAAUAAUAUAAUUAUUAGUAAAUCUGUAUCUAUGCCUACAAAUGAACCCAAAUCGUUUCCUCUGAUACCUGCCAGGCUCUUUAUAAGUCAGUGCUGAUGAUACUAAAUAUUAAUAUGUAUCUCUUUGAAUGCCAGUGUGUUUUGGUCCUUGUGGAUGUGCAUGAUUGUCACCCCAAGUUUUUAAUACUGAUAUGGCGACUAGACAUAUUUUAUUCAUUUGUGAACAGUGAAGUUAGGUUGUUUGUGGUAUGUUUGGUUCGUGUUUGAUAGAAUACACAGUAUUUUCUCUGUGUGUGAGUCGUAUACAGUUAACAUGUGAAAUAUUUGAAACUCCUUCAAUAUAAAAAUAUAUUUUCCCCUCAUAAAUCUAUAUUGUAUUUAGACACAGUCAGAUUUUAAUUCAGGUGCCUCCCAUCUGUUUUGGUCAUCUUUAAGAUGCAUGUACAUUUUGACUGGAGUUCACCUGAGGUAAAUACAUGAUGUUCUUUUUACACCUGACAAUGCAAAUCAGAGCAAAAACCAGGCGGUAACGCAGAAAGAACUUGAAUUAUUUGGAUCUGCACCAAACUACAAACGUACAAUAUCAGUCCCCUUAACAUGCCUGAUUUAUUUACUCAAGAUCCAUGAAUAAGUCUCUUGUUAUGUAAAACGAAAGGGGUCAUGGCUUGGUUUUAGUUAUAAUAUGUAUCGUGAACUAUGAGACCUUAUAAAUACACGUCUUGAAAGGGAGGUACCUAAAAAUACUUUUAAGUACCAUGAGAAAAGAUCGGAAAAUAUAAUAGUAAGUUAUUUAUUUUUAUUUAAUUUGCAAAGAAUUUGUGAAAUUCUCUGUUUGCUUUGUCAUUAUGGGAUAUUGACUGCAACAUAUCAAAAUGUAACAGAAUUGAAGGGGUCUGAAUACUCUCUGAAUGCACUGACUGUAUAUGUACAGAAUGAAGUGGCCGUGCAGCCAGAUGUUGGUAAAGUGACAGAGGUCCACGAUGUGUUGGAUAAGGUGAAUGUAAGUCUGAGAUAAGUGUGACUUCACUUUAACAUUAAACAACUUUUAUAUCUGUGCUUUUCUGUUCAGAGACCAAUUCGCAGGACACAAUAAAAUGUUGAUAUAUUUAA